CUGAAUUCGGAGUUCGAAUUAAUUUUCGAAAACCAAAGGGACAUCAUUUAGAAGCAACCCGUAAUUAAGUAUUGUUUUUCUUUGUGACUAUCAUGAAAAUAUUUAAAUAUUGAUAUGAUUCAAGAUUUCCUACAACUCAUACUAUUUGAAGUUAAUGAAAAGUUUUCAACAAAUUUUACAGAAUUUCAGAAAAACAUUCUUCAUUCAUUGCUGAUUAUUUUACUGUGCAAUAUUGUCCUAAUAGUAUUUUACUGGAAUCAAUACGGUUCUACAAUUAGUCGGCAUUUCAUUAAAUCGUCUACAUUGAUUGAAAUUGAGGAUCUUCGGAAGUCUGUUGAGAAGCUAAAAUUGCCAAAAGAACAUACACCUAGAAUUUAAAUAUGGAAUCUGCUGCAAAUAAGAUUAAGAAAUUAUUUUCCCAUAAGAAUGUAAAUAAGAGCUUCAAAAAAGCAGGUCCUGGUAGAAAGCUUAAUGACGACGCUUCAAGUUCGUCUGGGCCGGGGCCAUAUUCAAAGGGAAAAAAGAAGCCUUCAGAUGUCUAUGUUCCUGUUAAAAGAGAUGAUCUUACUGAUGAAGCAAAAAAGGCAAGAGAUGCAGCAAUAGAAAGAUUAAAUAUAAAGCAGAAUGCAAGUGGAUCGUUAAAUUUUUCACUCAAAGCUAUUAAAGAGCAAGCUAGACGAGAGCUUGAGCAAGAAAACAGCAAAUUGGAAGCUUCGAUUUGCAAUUUAAAUAUAACAUCAGAAGAUUCAGCAUCUGAAAAGUAUAGUGUGGAGGGUGUAUUCUUCAGAUGUCCUUUUGUAAGUGAUGAAAUACUUUCAAAAAAAGAGUGGAAAGUAAAAAUUAAAGCAUUUCUUUAUGAGCAAAUGCCAAGCGAUCCAGGCUUAACAGCAUGUUUGAUUAUUAAAAACUGCAACUUUAUACACCUUGCAGAAGAUUGCAUCCUCACAUUGAAAAAGUAUCUUAACAACAUAAUAACCAAUCCGACAGAAACAAAGUAUCAACGAAUUAGGAUGACGAAUAGAAUAUUUUGUGAAAAGGUUUCGAAUGUCGAAGGAGCAAUGGAAUUCUUAAAAGCCGCAGGAUUUAAAGAAGUGACCUCUGACAACGAAGCAUAUUUACAAUGGACCUCUGAAUAUCCUUUAGAAAUGUUAAUCCAGUUAUGUGAGGCUUUAGAUUUAUCUGAAGUUAUUCCGCUUGAAAUUGAUCGAAAUGUCAAAGUAUUAUUGCCAUCCCAAGCUGAGCCUGUUAUAUUGCCACCAGAUUUUUUCCGUUUAUCCAAAGAAGAGCUUCUCAAUGAACAAAAGGCAAAAAAAUCGGCUAUUGAAGAUGCCCAGAUUUUGAAAACUAAGGCCAUGCGAGAAAAGGAACAGGAAAGAUAUGUCAAUAGGUUCAAAUAUACUUUGAUUCGUAUUCGAUUUCCUGAUGGUUUGUAUUUGCAGGGAACUUUCGGGGUACACGAGAAUUUAUCAAACGUGUUUGAAUUUGUAUUAGGAUCUUUAGAAUAUGAAAAUUCUGAAUUUUCAUUGAUUUCACCAGACGGAUCAAAAUUUUCAAAUGAAGACAGCGAAAAAUCACUUUCUGUUUUAAGGCUUGUUCCUAAUUCAGUUUUGAAGUUUUCAUAUGAAAAUGAAUCUAAACAACUUCAAGAAUAUUUAAAACAAGAUUUUUUGAUGCUGAUUCAGUCUUUGUAAAUUUAAUAUAGUGAUAUAAAUUUAUCUAUUUUGAACCCAAUGAAUGUUGAUAAUCACACAUUAUUAAACAAAAGUAGAAUUUUUUUAAUUGCUACUGAAGAUCGCUCUCCUUGAUUAAUAACACCACUAAUUCUGUACUAAAAAAUUUAAAAUAAAGUCUUAAAAAAUUAUUUCAAAAUCUCUUUUAAUUUUUUUGCUCUC